AUGGAUCUUGACAAGUCAUUUCUAGUAACCAAUGAUUCCUUAUCCAGAGAUGAUUAUGUUUCUCUAUCCCAAGAUGUCUUUGAUUCAACUUUCCAAAAUGCAUCAAAUGUUUACCCCCGAGAUAUUUUAGAUCACUCAUCUGUUAAUACUAUAGAUCAAACUAAUAUGGCAGAACUUAAACAAAGAAGAAAAACUUAUGCUUCCCAGACCCGUUCUCUUGUUAGUAAAAGGAAAUCAAUAUCAGAUAAAGUCUUUCAAAAUGCUGUAACAAAAAAAUUCAAAGCAAAUAAAAAUGCCUACACACCUGAAUUUGUUUCCCUAGCUACUCAAAUGAGUAAUAUUGGUCAGAUGUCUUUAUCCUCAACUGUUCAAUGUACAAAGGAGAUCUUUGCCUUUCUAACUGGUCAAUCACCUGAAUCCUGGUUAUCCCAUAGAACAUUGGCAAGGUGGAAUAAAGAGGUAGCUCAAGUUGUGAUUCAUGACAAUCUUCCUAAUAAAGAUUGUAGAUUCUUUUCUUAUGAAAUUUAUCAAAACAUUGUAAUUGUAAUUGGUGACAAUAAUAAUCCCGUUCAUCAAAACACAUUUUAUAAUACAAUUUAUCAAAACCACGAGGACGUUUAUCAACAUGUCAGUGGCAAUAAUUCCGAUCAUCAAAACAUGGUUCAUAAUAAUCCCAUUCGUCAAAACAUUGGAGAAAUUUAUCAAGACGUCGGUAACAAUAAUUCCGUUCACCAAAAUAUGAUUCAUAAUACAAUUUAUCAAACCCCCGAAAACACCUAUCAAAAUGUUGAUGACAAUGAUUCCGUUUACCAAAACAUGAUUUAUAAUUAUCCUAUUUAUCAAAACCCUGGAGAAAUUUAUCAAAACGUUGGUAAUAAUAAUUCCGUUCGUCAAGACAUGAUUCAUAACACAAUUCAUCAAACUCCUGAAGAAAUUUAUCAAAAUGUCAAUGAGAAUAAUUACGAUCAUCAAAACAUGGUUCAUAAUAAUCCCAUUAGUCAAAACACUGGAGAAAUUUAUCAAGACGUCGGUGACAAUAAUUUCGUUUACCAAAAUACGAUUCAUAAUACAAUUUAUCAAAACCCUGGAGAAAUUUAUCAAAACGUUGGUAAUAAUAAUUACGUUCAUCAUGACAUGAUUCAUAACACAAUUCAUCAAACUCUUGAAGAUAUUUAUCAAAAUGUCGACGACAAUAAUUACGUUUAUCAAAACACUGAGAACAUUUGUCAAAGCAUUGGUGAGGAGAGUUACAUUCGUCAAAACGUGAUUUAUAAUCACCAAAAUAAUUUCGUUGCUGAACCGAACUCAGCUAAUAUUAUGAGCGUUAAUCAUCAGAAUUCUGUUGAAUAA